AUUGUUAAAUAUCUCGAGCGUGCGAGCGUGGUUGAGUAGGAAAGUUUUUUUUUGUCGGCUUAAGCAAAAUCUUUUCUGAAAAUUAAUUAAAAUUUGAACCUAAGUUUCUCACAAUCAUACUUCUGCAUCAGGAUCUAAAUACAGGCACAUUUUAUUGCCAAGAUGUCUGCAGUGAAAAGAGUUCAGCAAUGGGCCUCAUUCGCACGAGUUUGGCACUUGUUUGACGCCAGGUGGCAGAACCCUUUCGACUCAGGUGUGCUCAUCGCAAAAUAUUUGAAGGGUCUCUACAAGCCAAUCUAUGGUUCCCAAAGCUUGUGUGGUGACCACGUAGUGGUAAUAAACUGCCGUCACGUGGCCUUGCCAGGGGAUGAGUGGAGGAAAAGGGUAUACUUCCACCACGCCACAUAUCCAGGUUCUCAAACUUGGACGCCUGCUUGGGAAAUGCACACCAGAAACCCUGUGAUGGUCAUGAAAAAGGCGGUGUAUACAAGCAUGCAUGGAAACCUGCUGAGGAGGCAUACAAUGAUGCGGUUACAUCUGUUCGCUGAUGAAGAAAUAGACCCUGAAAUUGCUCCUCGCAUCUCUAAUGUUAUCAAACAAAUUAGACCGGUGCCUGAGAGGCUUGACCUGAUGCCUGAAGAAAAGGUCAAGAGUUUCCCUCAGAUUGCUGAUCUUGAUAAGGACUACGUCAUCCCUGAGCUGAAGGAAUAUCCUAAUUGGGAGAGCAAGUUCAGGAAAAUGAAGAAGGAGGGCAAGAAGAAAUAGGCAGUCUCUUUUGCUUUUUAGUUUACAAUAAAAAUGUUAUCUGUA